GGUUCAUUCCGACCAUUCCAGUCCCCAGUGCUGGUGGCCGAACUGAAAUCCGACUGACUGGCUGUGAUGAUUUCCCGGAUGAUGGGCCGGGGCAAAAGCCCAAAAUCCACCUCCACGACGGAGACGGGCACCGCGCCCGAUGUGGCGCCGGGCACUGUGGCGGGUGCCGUGACAGCGGUGCUGUUGGAGGAUGCCGACGAGUCCUUCACCGAUGGGCGCCUGGUACAUGUGGGUGAGGACGGAGUGUUGGAUCUGGGAGAUCAGGAUCAUAUCCUGGGACUCGACAGCGAAGUGAUUCAUGCAUUCCCCAGCUACACCUUCGAGGAAGCAGUGAAGGAUGAACCCACCACUUGCCCCAUUUGCCAGGAGCCCUAUGCUCAAGGAGAUCAGCUCAAGGAGCUGCCAUGCCAACAUCGAAUUCAUGAAGGUUGCAUCGAGAAGUGGCUCGAGGUGAGUGUGAACUGCCCGGUCUGCAACCAAUCUCUCCAAUAGCGCCAAAGGCGCAUCCGUGAAAAAACACAUCACACGUGCACCACCCGUGCAGCCUGAUCUGUAGAGCAGAGGCCAGCGCGAAAGACGCAUAGCGAGUCAAUCCAGGACAUUGGGGAAGUUCUGGGGAUUCUGCUAGGACCAGGAGCACAUCUAAAACAAAUCG